AUGUCAACAGAACGUAAAUUUAAAGACCCGAGAAUUAUAUUUGUGCGCCAUGGUCAAACAGAAUGGUCAAAAAGUGGGCAACACACGUCUAUCACCGACCUUGACUUAACCCCAUUUGGAGAGAUGCAGAUGAAAAAGACUGGUGAGUGCUUAAUUGGAUCAUCUCCUACAAAUAUGAUCAAGCCGGAAAACAUUACCAAGAUUUUCUCCAGUCCAAGACGCAGGGCAAGACACACCACUGAGUUGAUCUUGGAAGCUGUGCCAUCCGAAAUUAGAGACAAAAUCCCUAUUGAGUACGAUGACGAUAUCAGAGAAUGGGAUUAUGGUGAUUACGAGGGGAAAAAAACAGCUGCAAUUAGACAAUCUAGGUUAGAAAGGGGCCUUGAUACAUGCGAUCGCACAUGGCUGAUUUGGAGAGAUGGUUGUGAAGGUGGUGAAAACUACAAACAAGUUACUGAAAGAGUAGACCGUUUUAUCAACAAGUUAAAACUGAUCCAUGUCAAGGCAUUAGAGAAUGGUGAACCCAGCGAUAUUAUUGUUGUUGCCCAUGGUCACAUCUUGAGAUGUCUUGUUGCCAGAUGGGUACAAGUCGAAAUCAACCACGACCCCAAGUUAAUGUUAGAUGCUGGUGGAGUUGGUGUGUUGAGUUAUCAACAUCACAACAUCCAUGAACCAUCAAUUUUCUUGUCUGGUGCGUUUACCGUCCCAGUGGACGAACAGGGUGCUGACAUGUAA